AUGACGUUUGCCGGUCGAUACUGGAUCCAGAAGAGGAUCGAAGAGGAGAACCACCAGCCGCACGCCCGCCUAGGUGUUCUGUGGGAGACGAGAUGGAGAGCUCUGGUAUGCAUCUCACGCUUCACUCUUUGCGUGGUAUCCCAUCGCGACAUCGUCGGUAACCAAUCAAUGCAGGCCCAGAAACGCAUCUACCCCUUCAUGUUCGGAAGAGUCGAGGAUUUCGAGCCCAUAUUCGAAAAGAUCAAGGACAUGGAGCGGCCUCACGACUGGGGAGAAUAUGCUUCCGCUUUCCUGGAUACCGCAGCGAGGUUGACUUCGACGGCCCAAGAAGAAGAGAACAACGGAAAUCUCCAGCGGGCUAGCGAGUACUACCUCCGUGCCAGCGCCGUCUACCGCAUAGCCAGGUUCCCAAUCCCCCGGCACCCUACACAAAGCCAGGCGUGGGAACUGGGCAAAGCCGUAUGCAUCAAAGGGCUGUCCCUUCGACCCAACCCCGUGGCCGAAGUGCGAAUUCCAUUUGUGCAUGCCAUGGCGGGAGAAGGCUCAGACAUUCCAGCUUAUCACCUAGUACCUAUUCCAGCGCACCAAGGUGCUUCCGUCCCCUUGGUCAUCAUCUUCAGCGGUCUAGACGGUUUGCGAACCGAACUCGCAGUCUGGAUGGAGGGCUGGCGCGAGAUUGGUGUCGCAACCUUGGUGGUCGAAAUCCCAGGCACCGGAGACUGCCCGGUAAAUGCAAAGGACCCAAAAGCUCCGGAUAGACUCUACUCUAGCUUAUUCGAAUGGAUCGGUACCCAGCACACCAUCGACCAGAAUCGGAUUGCCGUCUGGGGCUUUUCCACGGGAGCAUACUACGCCAUCCGCGUCGCACACACGCAUCAUGGCAAGCUCGCAGGUGUGGUCGCCCUUGGUGGAGGAUGUCACCACAUGUUUGACGAGACGUGGCUCAGAAGGUGCGAUUGGAUGGAGUACCCAUUUGAUUGCGCGCACGCUCUGGCGUGGAAAUGGGGCUACGGGCAUAAUCUCGAGGAGUUUAUUCAGGAAGGCCAGGAUAGAUUCUCGCUGCUCAAGGACGGGACGCUGGAUAGCUCGAGCUGUGCGAAGCUUUUGUUGGUCAAUGGCAUGGAAGAUGAAAUAUUCCCCAUUGACGAUUACUUCCUUGCACUCCAGCAUGGGCCACCGAAGGAGGUCAGGCUGGUCCCGGGUCGUCUCCACAUGGGGGAGCCGGAGAGUUUUGGCAUAUGUCUGAAGUGGCUGCAUCAGGUCUUGGGCAUUGCGGACGCGGAUGUGAAGAGACAGCUGCAAGCUCUGACGGAGACACCAGUGUUUUAUAACUGA